AUGGCUACUUUAGCUAAAGCACCGACUACACAUGAAGGUAAAUAUCUUCUUCUAGUUAAAUAUGGCAUUAUUUCAUAUUGUGUUCACACUCCUUAACAACUAUGUCUCUUUUUCAUUAGAAAUUGAAAGACAAAUUCAGCAGAUUCAAGCCCAGAGGUCAAAUUUACCGAAAGUUGACAUCGGCGAAAAGGUAUGCUAGAUCAUCAACUUUUAACGCUUUGCAUUUUCCUUUUAACUUUGUAAGCGUCUGCGUCAAUUUUAACCGAAGUAAAUCAUUUAACGUAUUACUGUUUCAUUUUAAUCCUAUUUAGAAGCGAAAAAGUGUGCUGUAAUCUGUAGAUUAUGCCAUUUUAUCGUAAAUAAAGGUACGACAAAGUGGACUGAGCUUAUGAAAUUAUCGACUGUGUUUCUUUGCAGGUUGGUUUAGCAUCUGUUGGUGAAGGAGGCUACGAUGUGGAGAUUUAUGGCUCGGGUGGGAACAGGUAAAAUAUUUUUGAAGGAAGUUAUUUAUCGACCAGUCAGGCAAAAGUGUAGAUUUUUUUUAUACAUUUACUCAAACAAGAGAGAAAUUAGCUAUGGAUUUGCUCUUUUUGUAAUUUGUUUACCCACAAAGCACUCGGAGUCCUUAAGAACUUGUUUAAAAGUGUCUGUGUGUUUCAGAUUGAUUUGGAAUGUAGAAGUGUUGUUUUUUUGUGGAGCGGGAAAACUGGAAUACCUGGAGAAAAACCUUCCAGAGCAAAGAAGGGAAUGAACAACUAACCCAACUCACAUGUAAUGCGGAUGCCCGAACUCGAACCUCGGUUGCAAUGUUGGGAGGCAAGUACCCUCACCAAUGUACCUCUGCCAUCCUUGCACCCCAGUUAGUUAUGGAUAUGUUUGUGAAGAAACUCUAGGACUACAUGUUGGUGAGGUAACUGCUCAAGUCAUCCGAAAGUCACCUUUAGAGAAACUACAACCUGCACUACUUGCUUGGUUUACUUCUUAUUUGAUUCAUUCAAAUGCUUUGGUUGUCUACUGUUGAGCCUUGGGCGUCAGCAAUCAAAAUAGUGCACUAAGUUGGUGUAAGCGAUAUUAUAUUGCAGCAAAUCUAGUCCCUGCAACCCUGAAGAGUUGUAUUAAGUAAUGUUAAUUGAAAAUAUUAUUAUACUCUUUUGUUUCUUCCACUUUAGAUUUGAGGGUUAUUCCACAGACAUUGCUCCAAAUGAGCAAGAAGAGGUUAGUCCUGGUUUUUAUUUUUGAUCUUCCAACCUUUUUGUCAGCGUUGCUAACAUAUAAGUAAACACCAAAAUUAUCGCUACAAAACAAUCUCAUACAGUGGUCAUAAUUUAGAUUUUACAUCCUCCUGCUUGUAUUUCACUUGCCCCCUCGCCCUCCCCCUCCCUGGUGAGGGGCUAAUCCUUGGGGAAUUCUUCUUUGGGGUUUACUGCCCAGUUCUCCAAAUCCUGACCCAAUUUCAGACCAAAACAUCCAAUCUUCUACACCUGUUUUCACACCUGGCCUCUGAGAAUAAAUUAUUGUACUUGGUUUGCCACUCCAUUACCUUGCCCAAGUGAAGUCAACAUAGUGUGUAUUUAUUAGUAUCAGGCAGUUUUUUCACACUGAAUGUUCUACAUUAUAUACACACAUAUAUAUAUAUAUAUGCCCUUGUGGUCUGCUGAAAAAAAAACAUUCCUGAUUUUAGAGCGCAAUGGUUGAAUCUAUACUGUCUUGUUUUUAGCCCAAAGGCAGGGCUCAAAAUAUUGGCCGGUCAACAGACACUGUCUGGUCAGAGUGGCCUCUUGACCGGCCAGAAGCUCCACUCACUGGUCAUGUUGACCAGUCAUGCAGACUCUUAUUCCUGAACAAUCAGCCAAAUCCUCACAUGUAAAUCUUAGAUUUUGCUUCCUUGUAAAAGUACAGUCAUGUUUAUGAAUAAAUAAUGACACAAGGAUUAGUUCACUUUUUUCUUAUUUUUUGACCAGUCAGAAAUAAGACUUGACCGAGCAAAAAUUUCUGCCCACCGUCCAAAAAUUAUUUUGAGGCCUGAAAGAACUCUAAAUCCACAUCCUUUGGGCUGGUAGAUCCCUUUUAUAGGGGAGUCGCCCUCCUCCCUCUCCCUUCCCCUUACCUACCACCUGGUGCCAAAUCAGGUGGAUAGUUUUAUGUUUUCCUUUAACCUGUUUCUCUCAUGGCAUUUUGUUCAGGAUGACGAUGAUUACUCAACAACAAUUAUGCACCAGUCACGGAACAGCUACACUGCUCCUGCUGCACUAUUAAAUGAGAUUGCUCAUACAGCAGAACAUGUAUGUAUACAUUGUACCUUUAUAAUAUCAUGUUGGUGUAUGUGGUUUCUAUUAGACAAGGUACAGUUGUAUUAUAAGCACUUGCCUUUUAAUGGCAAGCAUUCUGAAAAUAAGGUUCAAUUCAAAUGACAACACUUUUGGAGUAUUUGUAAUAAUACUCUUGUCAGAACAUAAGUGAAACUGAUCAUCAUUAUAUUAAUUUUUGCAGCUAUAUUGUAACUGAAUUACCACUGAGAUAACCACAUGUUAUAUCAAAAUUUCAGUACUGUUAAUUUAUUAUCUCAGGUAAUUUUUAUUGUUCUUUUGUUUCAACUUCAUUUACAUAUACUACCAUACCCAAAAACAAAAGAAAAACAAAAAUUACAUGAGGUAAAAGCUUUAUAAAGAGCCUUCAACGUUUCAUUUGUUUCCAUGCAAUUCUUCGAGUGUUCCAUUGCAAUGUAAAUUAGGUUUAAUUUGAUGAGGCUUGAUGAAGUGAAUAUGAUUUUUUAUCUUAUCAGGUGGACCCUUUUGCUCAGCACAGACAACCAACAAUCGCUGAGCGGGAAGAUGCAUAUAGAGCCAGACGGAGGCAAAUGAUCAUAUCACCACCAAGGCAUGAUCCCUUUCAAGAUGGUAGGUGUAGAUAAAUUAACCUUUUUUACUUUGUAUUGUUAUUAUGGUCAGAAAUUAAAGUCUGAUACUUAACUCUUAAGAACCACAGGCUUAACUCUAACUUGGUAGCAAAGAAAUAUUUUUAGAGUAGCCAUGACAAGGUAUUAGUUUUGUCUUGUUAGUUUUAGUUGUGAUUGUAUCUAGAAAGAGAUUUGCAAAACAAAAGUGUGAACAAUGCAUUAAAUACUUUAAGGUUGAGGGAGAGAUAGUCUGGUACAGUGGAACCUCCUUUUAAUUGAAACCCUUUUUUAAAAUGAGUGACAUUUUUCUUCCUUAAGAUCAUUUUGUCAGUUGAAAAUGUUUUUUAACCUGACUAGUAAUGUACUAUGAUGCUCAAAAUUAUCCCAGGUUUCAUAUUUACACUGUUCGUUUUCUCUCUGAGUUGAAAGAUUUGUAGCACCAAGUGACUCUCGAUUAAUUUCAUUUUCUUUCUUUGUCUUACAAGCAACUUGGCAAAUUGGAUUGAGAUAAAUGCAGUUUAUCAGUUGUUUAACCGUUUUCAGCCCGAUGUUGCAAUAUAUUCUAAUAACUCAUGAGUGGAGUUCCACUGUACCUUUUUUUCAGUAAUCAUGGAUAAUUGCCUCUUUAUGACCCAGUUUUGUUUUAAUUGAGAACCCUAUAAAGGAUUCUUUCAGUCCAGCAAAACUAUAGUUAGAAAGUAUGUACUAAUGGAAGUAGCUCUACUUUGCCAAAAUGUGUCAUCUUGCUGGUGUAAAUAGGGACCUUAAGCAACUACGACGAUGACGGCAGUGAAAAGAUCACUAAAACAUUGAAUUUGCGUCUGUUCAAACUUUAUCGGGUCUCUUUGGAACCGCUCAAUUUGUCAAAUGUAAGCAACAUUUCCUGGAGUUGAAAUCUUAAGGGCUUUAUCCAUGUUGAAAUAGAGAAAGGAAAAUUUGUUGUCGUGUGUCCAUGUCCUCCAUUUAAUGUCGCAUUGGAGAGGUUCCACGUCGUAGUCGUGCAGUAGACGUCAAAGAAAUGUACUAAAAAGCAUGAUUCAUGUGUGGAGCUGUUGUUUUGGUCAUAAAACCAAUUGUUUUUUAUGUUGUUUUUGUUGUCGUUGUCAUAGUUGCCUAAGGUCCCUAGUAACUUUGUAGUUCCAGCUACACAUAUUAUUUUUAAAUGGCCACAUUAUUAUGGUAGGCAUUUGUCAUGAGCUAUACGUGCAGACACUAUAGUUAUAAUAAUUGUUACAGUCCAAAAAUUGUUUACAGGUUAAAAGUUUUUUUUGUUCUUAAUUAUCCUUCAACAAAUCCACCAAGCAAGUACGACAUAUAGAUGACAUAAACACUGCCAAACGUUAGGUAGAAUUUUCUACGGCAUUUCCUUCACAGGGGCGAAUCUUUAAAUAUGCUUCCUGCUGUCAACUGUCGAUUCUGGUUUGUUUUGCUUUAGUCUCCCUUUUUAAGCAAACACCCUUCUCAGGUCCUUGCCUGGAUUUCAAGCUAUGUUCCACAUUGUCUGGAACACAACUUUCCAUCUUCCUUACCCCUGAAACUUGUCUUGAUAGUGUUGGUCUAAAAAAGGUUACUGUUUAAAGUGGACUCCCAUUAUUUCUUAUUUCCUGGCGUCAGACAAGAAUUGAGGCAAUAGUGUUUAAUAUGAGGCCUUUGUAGUUCUAAUAUCAUUCUGUUAAAGUUUGCACCAAUUCAGUAAUUAUUGCAUUUGAAAUCCAAAUUUCUAUUGUCAUGGUUUAAACCACUAGUUGACCUUCUAAUGAAUGGUUACUGAAAUAAUUGUGGGCAAAAAUUGUGUAAUAAAUUUUUCAACUGAAUGUACUGCUUUUAGUUAACAGAACUUUUAAAAUAUAGUAGUGGUAAAAUUGUGUUGUUAUGUUAAUGUGUCUUGGUGCCUGUCAUCUGGUCCAAGAUAACAAGAAGUGAACCAUUUCCUGGUGUUGAAAUAGUGGGAAUCCACUGUACUAUAGUUUUGUUGGACUGCUUUUACCCUUUUAUAUAAAGUAAUAUAAGAACUGUUGACUUCAUUAUACUUACUCCUCAACCCCUUUUUUCCAUUCAGCGGUGAGUACUGGAUUCUACACUCAUCAUCUGCACAAAAUAAUUGCAAGAGUAAAUGACUUAUAGUGUUGGUUAUUUACAAAAACUUUGUCUCAAGUAUGGGUAUAAAUGGACGGAAUGCCUUGUGCGAUGAUCUGGACCAAACGGCAUCCAAUACUUACGUUAAUAUUAAAAUAAGAGUUCUAAAAUAGUCGUAAGUUAUGUUAGAAGUAGAAGGUUUAACUACCUGAAAUACAAAUUUUCACCCAAAAGGAAAAAGAUGUUUCUCAUUAAGUAAGAAAAGUGUUUGGUUUUUGAUGAAUGGAGUUUCUCUAAAAUGACAGUCAUUGUUGGAUAUUUCCUCACAACAAACGUUGGUCAAAUUUUUUUUGUUCAUUUAAACUAUGAGUUUUAUUUUUUCUGUGGAUAUUGAACAAUGUGUAUUCCCUGUCCCAUUUGAAGUCCUCUUGCAAAGUACAUACUGUCUGUAAUAAACGCGAAACAGAAACUAUUUAAGUAAAGAUUUCAAACCCUUGUGUGAGGCAGUUGAAAGUUUUACAGUGGCUGAAUUUAUGCUAGAGACAGAUUGUCUGUCUAAACGAAUUAUCCAUCAGACAACUUAUUUGUCCAGGCAUAAAUUCGAGAGAGAAAUUUACAUGGCUCUUCAGUUUAAGUAGCGGACUGGACAGAAAAAAAAACAAAAUGGUGGUGUUCAUAGCCCUUUUAAGGAAUUGGUUGAGAACAGUGCAAGGACGGAAGAGUAUUUCAGCUGAAUAGUUGUCUAGCAGAAAGUAUGAAUGAAUUGGCAACAGUGAACAUCACUUUACAUGCUGAGACAAUGAAUUGAUGAAUGGUGGGAUAAGGGUUUAACUAGUUGGUGUGAGGUCAUGAUUUGAAACGGAGAAAAAUGCUUAGAAACCUUUUGAAGAAAUAGGAACUAGGCCUUCUCAAGUCAAAAUUUAGGUCAAAUCCAUCUAUUUUUUGUUUUCCAGAUAUAAAGUUAGAGACAGAUUAUCUGUCUCAGGCUAAUUAUUUGUCUGACAGCGUGGCUGUAAGAUCUACUGAAAGACAAAGGACAAGGGAAGAUGAAUUUUGGCUCAAGAUUAAUCUAAACACCAGUUUUAUAUCUAGACGAAUUAUGCGUCUGAGAUAGAGAAUUUGUCUUUGACGGAUAAUUUGUCUCUGGUGUAAAUUCGGCCAAUAUAACUAAUAAUAAAGAAUAACCAGUCCAGUACUGAUACUACACAGUGGUCGAUUACUGACCUCUGAAGAAUUAUUUAUUAGGAGACGAGCCAGGCUAAGAUGUCAGUGAGUGGUACGACUCAUCGCAAGAUUCCUACCCACUGGGUUGGUGUUACAAUGCCGCAGCGACUGUUCCACAUGAUAAUUUAGCUCUUGUUAUUGUCUUUUUGUGUGUUUUACUCCACUGUCACUAGCAACUUAGGACAAGAGGUUAAGCCUGCUGGUCUUGAUGACUCACAGUUAACAGUUACAAAUGAACUGUGUUUGUAGAGUCUGAGGGACUGGCAGGCGUUCAUUAUGGACAGUGUGCAAGUUUUUUUUAAUCUACCACAGAACGUUCCUACCAUACAUUUUUUGUUUCACACAUUUUCUAGUAAGCAAAAUAAUUGUGUAUAAUUAAUGUUUUCUUUGUGAUGGAGCUUGCAAAUGAUUAAUAUGGCUUUCUUUUUUUCUCUUUUUUAAUUUUUUUGUAGGUGGCAAAACACCUGAUCCAGUCAUGUUGAAAAAUAUGAGGACCUAUAAGGACAUUGUUGAAGAGCAGGUUCUUCAAAGAGAUCAGGUUUGGACAUACAUCUUUUACAAUCCCCUAUUGUCUCCCAAAAUACCAUAAUUUAACCAUGUAGGACUACCAUCCUUGUUUACUUCCUGAUCUGCACACUAUUUACAUUGAGAUGACUUGUACAGGACAAUAAAUCUUCUAAGGCUGGUCCAGGCAAGGGCAAAUCUGUGAAUUUUAAUGCAGACAAUAGGAGGAUGACAACACCAAACAGUUGCUUAAACAAUUUCAAGCAAAAUUGGCAUACCGUAAAAUUCCGAAAAUAAGCCCCUCCAUGUAUAAGCCCCUCCAAAUAUAAGCCCCCCAAACCAGUAACGCAAAAAACCCUCCGUUAAAUCGCCCCUCCAAAUAUAAGCCCCCAGGGGCUUGUACUUGGAAAAUUGCCCUCAAAUACAAAGUAAAACAAAGCAAAAACGGUAAAUUACUUCUAACUGUAAGGCUAGCCCAGUCGAUUUUGAAACGCAAAUUUCCCUCCGUAGAUAAGCCCCUCCAAAAAAAAGCCCCUCAAAAAGGGCCUUUGAAAAAUAUAAGUCCCUGGGCUUAUUUUCGGAAUUUUACCUUACUUACCUAGUGCUGCUUUUUUUCUAAGCCUUUCGUGUUCUAAUUGGGCAUUUACUAUAAUCUUUCCUAUAGGAGUAAGAAGUAAUUGGGUUAGAUAUGUCUGCUUUACAAGUAUAGACAUCGUCAUUUUAACAAACUACCGGUACUUGUUUAUUUCAGGCAGAAAUUGUCCGUCAUCUCAGGGACCAGGCAGCAUCUGGAGACUUGCAGAAAAAUCAGUCAGCUGCUGCUUCCAAGCCAGGUACUGUUCAGUUGAAAAAUGUACAUGUUUGAGUUACAAAAGUAUGUUGGAGUUUUUAGACAACAAAAUAAAAGUACAAGUCUUGGUAAAAAUUCUAACACUGCACAAGGAACAUUUUUUUGUUGUUUUCUACUUCUUAAGUUGUUAUAAUACUUGUGAUGUUGUACAAAUAUAGAUUUUAUAGUUUUCCUUUUUGUUAAACACACUUGCGAGUAAGGUGCAUCCUACGUGUAUAUAAAUGCUCCUGAAAGGCUGUGCCUUGGAAGUACCCAGUAGCCCCUUAUGUCUCACUUUUGUUGGGCAAUUGCAAGUAGAAAAGCCCUUUUUUUCCAAAAAAAUCAUUAUAUCGUAGACAUCUGUAGAUCUGGGCAAAGGUAAAAACCAGUUAUGACAACCAAAAGUGUAUUCAUGUUUCAGAGAGGAAACGACGCCGGUGGGAUCAGCAGGCAUCUGGAGAUGAAACACCAGCAAAGAAAAAAUCCAGCAGUUGGGAUCAAGCUGAGGUAGAAAUUAUGGUGCUUCUUAGAACCAUUUUGUAAAUUAUUUGUGUAUAAUCAAGAAAACCACAUUGUUUCUUAUGGUCAAAUAAGAGCAGUUUCAAUACUAGUGGAAAUACUCCAGUAACAACAUUAAAAGCUUUUCUUUGCUGAAGAAGAUCUUGUGAUGAGAGUGAAGCUCCAGUGCCUUAGCCUUUCUCGGCAAAAACAGUUAACCCAAUAAUUAAGAAUUAAUAAGAAACUGGAAACAGGAGUGAACUUUGUUACAGCAAGAAGCAAAUAGGGGGAACAUGAGCAAGUUCAGUGACAAUUUUAUACAGUUGUCUGACAAGAAUUCGACAAUUAGACUAAGUAACACUGUUUAUCUUUUUUUGCUGGCAUCUAGAUGUCAACCCCUUCAGCAAGUCGAUGGGAUGAGACUCCUGGACGGGCCAAAGGAUCUGAGACUCCUGGUGUGACCCCUCACAGACCUGGUUCAGAAACCCCGGGGGCCACACCCAGCACCAGGAUAUGGGAGGCAACACCCAGUCAUGUCACACCAGGCCAUGCUACACCCAGUGCUACACCAGGAAAUACUACACCAGGUAAAUCCUUGAUAAAUUUGCUGCGAGAGCAGUAAUGCUUAGGGUGUGUUCGUUUAACAGUAUUCCAGAAUAAGAAUGAAUAGAAUAGACUCUAGGGAUCUUUCGGUCAAGCAUUACAAAUUUUAACCUACCAUUCAUUUGUUGGCUGACAUGAAAAUGAAGAAGUUCAUGAAAUGAGAAAAAGCAUUUGUCCUAGAAAUUGAAAUCACAUUCAUGCAUGUCGUAGUUACAUUAUUGAUAAUAAUUAUAGCUGCUGCAUUCAAGUGGUUCGAAAAUCCCAGGAAAAGAGUUUUGUUAGAAAUUUUUGGUGUGUUCUUAUUGUGGAAUACAGACGAUCAAAUUCACCCUUAGGGUUUCUGAAAUAUGAGAUUGCAACGUUUUAUUUCAUUUUAACCAUCAAUUACUUGAUAUCACUGAGAUGUUUAUUUAUCCACUUUGGACAACUUCCUGUAGACCCCUCUGCUGAAAGGCUGCUGCUUGUCAGAUCCGUUUUUUUCACUUAUCCUCACUUAGUGAUUGUCAUUGAUGGGUCACAUUAGCAGCGUGCAAAGAAAGUAGUGUCCGAUAGCCCGGGGCUAGUGAAUUUUGCUAUUAGGCAAGUGAAAUCUGUUUUUAACUUGCCCGACGGGCAAGUGAUGUUCUUUGAGGAAUUCGAAUAACAGAAGAAGUGUGAAAUCAAUUCUGCUCGAUGAAAAGCUUUUGGGGCUAGUUGAAAUGACAUCUGGGCUAGUAAAUGCUAGCUUCAGCUUGCCCGAAUGGCAAGCUGUAAAAAUGAUUUUCUUUGCACCCUGCAUUAGUGAGAAAAAAUGUGUAGAAGCUAAAGACUGUAAACUUCAAAAGCAGGUUGUCGGUCAUAACAACAGGGUCUAGUGUCGAUGAGAUAAUGACCGUACUUUUUUUCAGGCUAAAAUGGUGGUUGUAACCUUACGGUGAUUGUGUGGGUUUCAUCUGUAGAUAAGAUAAUAACAUAGCACAUUACGUUAUUUACAAAAUAUAAGUACCAUGUAUUUGUAUGAUGUAUUUUCUUUUCCUACACUCAGGUAUUUCAUCAACCAGGAGGAAUCGCUGGGAUGAGACCCCAAAGACAGAGAGAGGUUUGUUUUCUCCAGUAUGUCAUGAAAAAAUUGAUAGCUUCUCUUUUUUUAAGUUGAAGUAAUCGAUUGAUAUGGAUUGGAUUUUAAUUUUCAUCAGCUUGUUGGCCCUUAAUGACAAACUAAUGCCCUUUUUUAACACAGGUGAGACCCCAGGUCACACAACUCCAGGCCAUGCCACCCCAGGCUGGGCCGAGACCCCAAGAACGGAUCGCACUGGAGCUGAAACACCUGGUGCCACACCCACUCCAGGUAGUAAGCGAAGGUCCAGAUGGGAUGAAACACCAGCCAGUCAAAUGGGUGGUACCACCCCCAUGAUUGGCACAAGUGGGGUCACUCCCGCUGGAGCUGCUGCUAUGCAGAUGCAGACGCCUACCCCAGGACAAAUGGCCAUGACACCAGAACAGAUGCAAGCAUAUCGCUGGGAAAGGGAAAUUGAUGAACGCAACAGAUACCUCUCUGAUGAGGAACUUGAUUCACUUUUCCCCAAGGAGGGAUAUAAGGUUCUAUUUAUCUUUCUUUUUUCACAUUAAAAGCUGCUGUAUCUGAUGUAAGGAAGGGUUUGACCAUGCACUUUAUUUUCUGAAUCUCCUUAGAAAGUUUAUUUUUGCANCUUUUUUAACACAGGUGAGACCCCAGGUCACACAACUCCAGGCCAUGCCACCCCAGGCUGGGCCGAGACCCCAAGAACGGAUCGCACUGGAGCUGAAACACCUGGUGCCACACCCACUCCAGGUAGUAAGCGAAGGUCCAGAUGGGAUGAAACACCAGCCAGUCAAAUGGGUGGUACCACCCCCAUGAUUGGCACAAGUGGGGUCACUCCCGCUGGAGCUGCUGCUAUGCAGAUGCAGACGCCUACCCCAGGACAAAUGGCCAUGACACCAGAACAGAUGCAAGCAUAUCGCUGGGAAAGGGAAAUUGAUGAACGCAACAGAUACCUCUCUGAUGAGGAACUUGAUUCACUUUUCCCCAAGGAGGGAUAUAAGGUUCUAUUUAUCUUUCUUUUUUCACAUUAAAAGCUGCUGUAUCUGAUGUAAGGAAGGGUUUGACCAUGCACUUUAUUUUCUGAAUCUCCUUAGAAAGUUUAUUUUUGCAUACAUUUUCCUGAUUCUCCUAGCAUAAGGUUUCACCGCUGGUCACUUAUUUACAAGUCAUUGUCAAAUGUGGAGAAAAGACUUAAAUGAUAAUAGCUGUAAGGCAGCCUCAGUGUUUUUACAGAGCCCAUUUUGUAGGAUGAUUCUUGUGUAAUGUUUUAUUGAUCAGAGUUAUUAUUCUGCCAAUACUGCGGCAAAUAUUUUCAUACUGAAGUUAACAAAUGGUGCAAAGUAUUCACUCAUGUUCUAAGAUUUUAAAUAAAAAACAUCUCACAUUAUUUUUCAAUUCUCCGUCAUGAGAAACCAAGCACACUUGGCAUUUACAUUUUCUAAUGUGAUGUUCUACUUUUAGAUUCUUGAGCCACCACCAGGUUAUCAGCCAAUCAGAACGCCAACACGUAAGCUGACAGCCACACCCACUCCUAUAGGAGGCUCUGGGUUCUACAUCCAGGUAAAACAAAUUUUCUUAACUCUAUUCCUUCUCUCAAUAAUCACUUUAAUAUUUGACCAUGUUAUUUAUUUUAAUUGCAGCAAGAAGACAGAUCAGCCAAACUGGUUGAAGACCAGCCUCCUGGUAAUCUGCCAUACUUGAAGCCUGAUGAUGUGCAGUACUUUGACAAACUGUUGGUAAGUUCAAAAUCCUUUGAAGCUCUAAAUUGUAAAACUGUCCCAAGGAUUGUCUUAUUACUAUAUGCAGUUUUCACUGUAGCAUAGCAUCAUUUAAACUGAAAAAUUAAAGCCAUUUUCUUCAUUAGAGGAUGACAUGAAUAUGAUAAGGGAUUAUUGCCAAAGCUCCAACUGUGCAAUGAAAAAAUGUCUUCAAAAGAUUCUGUACAUUAGACAACUAACAAUUUCAGUUGUAUUGGUAAUCUUUUUUGGAAUAUAUGUAUGUCAUAUAUGUUCCACGAUUCAGUUGGAUUGGUAAUAUUAUUUUUAUUUUGGAAUAUAGGUGCAUUCCAUGUAAACCCAGGGCUGUCUUUAAAAGCCGGGGGCCGGGGAUUUGCCCCGGCUCCUAUGAAUGUGGCUCCUGGUUGCCUUCAUUGGAAAAUGGAAGAAAAAUAGAACCACAAGAUAUCUCUAGCCGUUUGAUUCCCUGCCUACUUUUUAUAUUUACCAGGAAACUUGAAAUCUUAGUGACAACCCUGAAACCAUUAGCUUGGUUUACUUUAAUUUCUUGUGUGUGAAUUCACAGGUGGAUGUGGAUGAGAGCACUUUAAGUGCAGAGGAACUUAAGGAGAGAAAGAUCAUGAAGCUGUUGUUGAAAAUCAAGAAUGGUACUCCACCCAUGAGAAAGGCAGCCCUGCGGCAGAUUACUGAUAAGGCUCGUGAGUUUGGUGCUGGGCCUUUGUUUAACCAAAUCCUUCCUCUGUUGAUGUCACCUACAUUGGAAGAUCAAGUGAGUCAUCUGAGUAGCAUAAAUUAUGUCAAGUUGUAUUUUAAUUUGCCUCAUUUUUUUUGUUUAAAUUGUGAUGGUACACUGUAUGCCCAUUGGUGGACAACAUUGGUCCUAUGAAUAACAGUUACUGUGCUUUCUUCUGUUACGUUCCUAAAUAAUGCAAAAUCAUUUUUAGGCAGAAGUUUAUCUUGUUCAUGUCAUUGGUCUCUAAUUCAAUUAUUGUCAUACUUUUGUAUUAAUUUUAUGGUAAUGUUCAAUAUUCUCUUUUGUAGGAGCGUCACUUGUUGGUAAAAGUCAUUGACCGAAUUUUGUACAAGCUUGACGAUCUUGUCCGGCCAUUUGUUCACAAGGUAAGCUGCUAGUUAACAAAAACAAAAUCUCAAAUAUUAUUAAGUAAACGUGUAUGGUUAUCAGUAAUUUUCAGCUUGGCUCAAAGUUUGUUUGGUUUUACUGAAGUCUGAUCUAAUCACACUCACAUGGUCUCUGCAAUGUUAUGUACUUCUUCAUUCUUGUACAAAUUGUUAGGUAGAUAUAUAAUACAAUUUUAUUAAUGAAAUGGCCUCUUUUCAGAUCCUUGUGGUUAUUGAACCUCUGUUGAUUGAUGAAGACUACUAUGCAAGAGUGGAGGGGCGUGAAAUCAUUUCCAACUUGGCCAAGGUUAGUGUUUGCUUGCCCUGAUUCAGUGCUGACAUAACAAACAAGUGUUAAAAUGAACCAUUGGCCUAUAAUAUUGCACUGUAAUAAUUUUUCUUGUGUACAGACACUACAUUUUAAAAGACUAAUCCUGAUUAUUAGUCCUAGGAGGGUUAAGGUCAUCAUCAGUCUAAACACUCAGUGAUAUUAAACUUCUGUUGAUAAACUUUACACACCAGUUUUCAUUGUCAUUCAAAGACGUCAAAAGUGCUCAUUAUUUUACUUUCCCAGAUGAUCCCAUUCAACUGACAUAUAUGAACUGUGUACCAUAGUCCCUAUUUCUUCAAAUGUAGAUAUUGCUAUCCACUAGAUAAAUCUCUUUCCAAUAGUGCAAUUUAAAAUUUUGUUAAUUCACAUCCACUAGAUUUUUUUGACGGAUAGUGCCAUCAAACUUUUUAACACCCUGAGCCAGGAUUCAAACCAUGUUAUUUUAUUGAUUUGAAAUCUGUGACUUCCUUUAGGCUGCUGGUUUGGCUACAAUGAUCUCCACCAUGAGACCUGAUAUUGACAACAUUGAUGAGUAUGUCCGUAACACCACUGCAAGGUACAUUUUUUUGUUACUAUUGCAAAAUAGGCAGUUUUAAGUCACUCCAAGUUGCGACCAUGUUGGUCACCAUGGUGCCUAAACUUUUGGAGCUGGUGACUAGAUUUGCAAAAAAGUCUCCCUGAACCAAAAGAGUUGCUUGCCAAAUGGUGACCAAGCAAAAACUUGGAGGGUUGGUCAGUUGUAUAGAACCUAAUGUUAGGCUUAACAGCUAACAUCUCGCAAUAUAAUACAGUUUGACUGGUCUGCACACCAGAUAUUAGUUUUUACAUCCACCUUAAAGAUUUAUGAAACUGUCACUUGAACAUGUAGGUGAAAAAGGUUUCCUCCAAAUUUUUUAUGUAAAUAUUUGUCUACCUACAGCUGUACAUAUAGCAUUUUCCUUUGAAUAGACCAGUUUUCUAAUAAAUUUGCUUAUCCAGCUUUUUCAAAAGUAUCAUCUGCCUAAUCAAAAUAAUGUUAAUUGCUGGGGUAAAAUCAAUUCUCUGGGUAUCAGCCUAAAAUUGUUUUUUAUAUCUGCCCUCCAACUCAUCAUUUUCUGUGCUGUUUUGUUUCUUACAGAGCCUUUGCUGUUGUAGCAUCUGCUCUGGGUAUUCCCUCCCUACUGCCUUUCUUAAAAGCUGUGUGUCGCAGUAAGAAGUCAUGGCAAGCCCGUCACACAGGCAUCAAAAUUGUCCAGCAGAUUGCUAUUCUGAUGGGUUGUGCUAUCUUGCCACACUUGCGAAAUCUAGUGGAGAUUAUUGAACAUGGUAAGGCUAUUGCAUAAUUAAAAACAAUUUUUAUAGUGGUUAAGUAUCAAUUUAUGUCAAAUGGCAAAUGCAAAUUUGUACCAUAUGACAAAGUUUUCCCUUUACUUGUCAUUUACUGUUCAUUAUUUUUGGGCAUAAAUUAGUAGUUUCAUGCAAUUUUCUAUCCAUAAGAAUAAUUUAUUGUUUUGAGCUGUUUUUUUUGCUCAUUUUCUUUAUUAAGAAAUUCUCAACAUGAAUCUGAUGUUCGCUGUUUGCCAUAUACGGGAAGCUUAAACUGUUUAAUGGUUUACAUGGGCUUGAUGAGCCGUGGAAUCUUUACAAACUCCCUUGAAAUUUUAUUACCCACAUUUCUGAUUGAAGUUGGUUACUCACAUAUGUAGGAGGGUAAGAAAGAUCAAAACCUUUGUGUCGCAUCAUUUUCCCAUUCAAGAUUACCAUUAAGACAGUUGAUCUUUAGAAUUCAGAAAUUUGUUUAUAUAAUAUUGGUGUUAUGGUUUUUUUUUCCAUGCUUACAGUGGUUUUGGGAUCUCUUGCCAGUAAUGAUGGUGCUGCUCUUUCUACUAAUCCUGUUACAGGCUGUGUCUUUAACAGAUCAUUCUGCAGAGAAGUAAAUCUAUUUAUUCCUAACCAUUGUUGUUUUUGUCUUCGUAGGCUUGGUUGAUGAACAGCAGAAGGUGCGAACAAUCACAGCUCUUGCCUUGGCAGCUCUUGCUGAAGCUGCCACACCUUACGGUAUUGAGUCUUUUGACAGUGUCCUGAAGCCACUGUGGAAGGGUAUCAGACAACACAGGGGAAAGGUGAGAUUAAGGACUUAUCCUGUUUUCUUGUGAGUAAUGCCAUAACUGUAUGCUUUCAGCCAUAUAUUCUCGUUCCUAAUUCUCUUCCAAAAUGAUGAUUUUGUUUGACUUUUGCAAGAGACCACCUCCCUUAAACAACCAGUAACUCUUCGCGUAUUAGGUGCUAGCUUUUGGGAGGUUUGAGUGUAUCUUUUAAGCUAGAUAAAAAAAAAACUUUUAAAUCUCAAUAGUGCAACCUUUGGCCCCUUGAGCUUGCUGAUUCAUCCAGAAAAUAAAGAAUAUAUAUAUAUGUAUGAAAAAGCCAUUGAAAAAGACCCUGCAUCCUUUGAUUUUGUGUAAGUCAUCACUAGAUAUCCUGUGGUGGAAAGAGUACCUGGCCGUCUGUGACUACCACCUGGGCACUGCAGAAAUAGUUCCAUCCAUUAAAAUCCACGACAUGAAAAAAAUACAGUGUACUGUGAAAAUGCGGGUUUUGAAUGGUCUCAUUGUAGAGUUUGUCUGCUGAGUGAAAGGAAAACUGAAUGGAAACAAAAGAAUCUUCUUAAGUGUUUGGGUUUGAAUCUAACAUGCUGCCUUUUGUUUAUCAGGGUCUUGCUGCUUUUCUCAAAGCCAUUGGGUACCUGAUCCCUCUUAUGGAUGCCGAGUAUGCCAACUACUACACCAGAGAAGUGAUGUUGAUCUUGAUUCGUGAGUUUCAGAGUCCUGAUGAAGAAAUGAAGAAGAUUGUGUUGAAGGUUAGUCUGAGCUAGCACCUUAAGAAGAUCUCUGAAGAUUAUCAUAAUUAUUUCAGUCAUUGCUAGGAAAAUCCAUUUGUUAUGUCUUGAUUUAAAUUUGACUGUUUUGUAGCGUGUUGUGUUUUUCUUUGUUAAUACCUUGAAAUAGAUAAUGGCUAUCCAGAAAUUAAAAUGCUCCACAGUAGUCAAAGCAGAUAAAAGAAUGUAUUACUCAUUCGACAGGAAUUUAUAAAUGUAGCCAAUUAUUGAUUAGUUUGGUAUUCCAUUAAAAUAAAAUUCAUGCUCACAAAAUACAUUCAGGUGUCAUUGUCUUCUAGUAACAAUAAUUUCAGGGAUCUCUCUAGGACAUAAUAAGAGAUCAUUAUUUACAGCCCCUCUUUGGAUCUUUGGAUGUCAGACCACUCAUGUACAAGUAUUAUUUGCUUUAUUGAUUGACAGGUGGUGAAGCAGUGUUGUGCUACAGAUGGUGUUGAAGCUCAGUACAUCAAAGAUGAAAUUUUACCAGAUUUUUUCAAACAUUUCUGGCAGCACAGGAUGGCACUUGACAGAAGAAAUUACAGACAGGUAUGUACUAUUUAAUUUUGUGAAAAUGGCUGUUGUAUUUCUUUCCCACAUCUGAAGCAAGGCUUUCAACUAAGGCAAGCAUUCAUGCUGAUUCAAAAAACUAUGGCGAAGAGGAAUUUAAGUCAUUGCAAAUAACAAUACAACUGUGAAAAUGCUGCGUAGUGAAAUGCUUGCUUUAUUACUUGGUUUUGAAUAGCAUUGACUGCUCCAAUAAUUUUGUCUAGUUUAUCUAUUGCUUAAGAGUGCUAGUGAACAAAGGUAAUUACUGAGUGUUAAUGUUAUUUUUGGCAGCUUGUUGAUACAACAGUAGAACUGGCAAACAAAGUUGGAGCAUCAGAGAUCAUCAACAGAAUUGUGGACGACUUGAAAGAUGAAAAUGAACAGUACAGAAAAAUGGUCAUGGAAACCAUUGAAAAGGUAACCAUCCCUUUCCAAAAUACAGCCUUCAAUGUACAUUGUCAAUAUUAGGUAGUCAUUCAAUUGAGGUGCCAUCAUUUUUUCCUCCCUGGAGGUAAUCUGUUGAUUAUGAUAAGUAAAAUAUUUUAUACUUUCUAGUGACCUGACCUGUUUCUUGGCAAUUGUAUCUAAACAUUUAUGCCUUUUAUUACAGACCAUGGGUAACCUUGGCUCAUCCGAUGUCGACUCACGUCUAGAAGAACAGCUUAUUGACGGGAUCCUGUAUGCCUUCCAGGAACAGACACAAGAGGUAACAGGUUCUCUUUUUUGGGGGCCAGCUCCCUGGUAGUUACAUAAGAAUUUUUCUUACCUGACAUCAGCUGUGUCUAGUCUAUGCCCCCUUUGGUGUAUUUCCCAGUGCUCUUUGUGGGUCAAGGGCCAGAUCAGACAAGGGGUUGGGCAUAAACAUAUUGUUGACUUUUCAAGACCAAAAGUCAACAUACGUAUUGGAGACCCUAAUAUUGAGGUUUUUUGACAUUUCCUGCAAACCGUGAAUGUCAAGAAGUCACGUGACCAGGGCCUUGCCAUCAGGUUUGUGGUUUGAGUUUCGUGUUUGUACGGCUAGAUCAUGCUCCAGAGGUAAGUGAUUUAUCUCAAGGUUUUUUGCACCCUAAGACAUCGCAAUCCCACGUUUGAAAAGAAAUACGACUAUAUAGAACUCUUUUGCUUAUUGAUUAUCGAAUUCUAUUAAAAAAACAUAAUUUUGAAGACAAUUUCUCAGCUAAAAUAGCAGGAAGUGGAUGAAUGAAAACAAACAUGGCAGCCGCGAGCUACCACCAGCAAAUCUUAAGUCCCAAAUAUGGACAGAUGGAUAACGUGAAACCAUUAGCCGCAAACCUCAGUUGGUCGUUUGCAGUAAAAUGACCAAACCUCGACCUUAAGGUCUCUAUUCUCAAAACUGUGCUUUGUAUCCUCUCUAUAGUACUGAAGAGGAGAAUUUGUUUAUGAAUCAAGACAUAAGUCUCCAAGCCCUUUUCUAUUGAUUUUAUGUUACGGCUGUCAAUACUUCCGACUAGAAAUCUAGAAAUUUUAGUUAUUUAUUUGUUUAUUGAUGUGUGUUUGUACUCUCAGGAUAUUGUUAUGCUUAAUGGUUUUGGUACAGUGGUGAAUGCACUGGGCAAGCGUGUGAAGCCAUAUUUACCACAGAUCUGUGGUACCAUUCUUUGGAGAUUGAACAACAAGUCAGCUAAAGUCAGACAACAGGCUGCUGAUCUCAUCUCAAGGAUUGCUCAGGUCAUGAUGACCUGUGGGGAGGUGAGUAUCCAACUCUCACAUACACAGUCGGUAUCACUUUUCAUAAGUGACCACCCUCCAUAAGCAACCACUUCAUAAAUUUAACAAAUCGACCACAAUUUUCCAUUGUCUACACUCUUAUAGACCAUAGAAAUGACAUCAUAAAAUGUUUAAAACUCAAGUGGAACCACUCGCCUGGUUCCCUGCAAAGUUUUGAAUGUUUUGUGGCAUCAUUUCUAUGAUCUAUAAGAGUGUAGACCAUGGCAAAUCGUGGCCGAUUUGUUUUUUACAAUAACAUUUAUUUUUAGUUUCCUGCUAAGUUUGUCAGAAAAUCACUGCGCUAAGUGACAUUUUUCUUGUCGUUUUUCGUAUUUUUGCUCUACCUUGACAGCUUCAAGCACCAACUCACUGUCAGAAAUUUCUCCCCAUAUGUUAAAACUUGGUACUUCUUUGUCCAUGUUGAGGAGUAAAGUUAUUUUUAUGAAAAAACAAAAACAAAACCGGCACUGUGUGACAUGUUACGUCAUUUUCAUGGUCUAUACUCUUAGACCGUAGCUCUCGACCAAUCAGCGGGCGAGGAUUCACUCAGUUAUCUUGAGCAUUUGAUCAUUCAUAAUAGCUAACAAAAAAAUUUUGUCUUAUGUAGAAAUAUCAAGUGUUGCAAUUUUACUAAUAUUCUGAAUUGUUUUUACUAUAAAAAGGAAAAAUUGAUGGGUCACUUGGGUGUGGUGUUGUAUGAGUACCUUGGAGAAGAGUACCCUGAAGUGCUAGGAAGUAUUCUGGGUGCACUGAAGGUAAGAAGCAAUGGCAGUUAUAUUCAUUGUGAGUGGUUUUCAUUAAAAAACCUAAUUUGAUUGGGUUUGCAAGAAUUAGUAUUUGUUAUUAUUUCCUUAGCUUCAUCUUACACUUGGACGGAGCAUCUUUUCUGUUAUUGAGGCAACUGAAAAGUGGCUAAGAAAUCUCUGUCGUGUCUCACUAUAUUACAGAUAGUUUCUUAGUGUCCAGAUGUCAGGUGAAACAGUCUUCCAUAACCCUCCCACACCCAUUUUAAAAAAGGGUCGUUGAAAGCUCUUAAGAUUACUGUUUUUUUGGCAAGAAGUAAUAUAUCAAGCAUGAGACCCAGAUGAAACACUGAGAAGAGAGUUAUAGGUACGAAGCACAGUGGAGUAUUUUUGACGAACUUCGAGGUGUUUCAUCUGGUGAUGAAUCACUAUGUCAAAUACUUGAUAUUACUUCUCAAGCAAAAUGAUUUGGCAAGGAGAAAUUAAGGAUGCAAAAAUGAGCAGUUAUUUUAUCUGUUUUCCAAACACUCCCUAAACAUUAAUUUCCUUUGUAUUUUCUUUAUCAAUUAUUGAUGAGUGUGAGAAGAAGUGUUGAAACCUUUGUGCAGUGAAUGAUGGAGCCAUGGAUUGCAUUUUCACCUUUUGAAGCCUGUCAUGUAACCAUUUAUAUUAAACUCUUUGCAUUGGCAGUGCUUUAACUGAGCAUUUUUUUUCAGUAUUUUAAUAAUUUUAAUUCGAAAUUUUUGUUGAAUGUUGACUUAGCCCCUCGUGGGAUUAUAGAGGUUAAGUUGUUAUCGUAAUGUUAGUAAUCAAAUAAUAAGCAAAAAGUAAUUGUUUUUCUCAUUUGUUUUCAGGCAAUUGUUAAUGUAAUUGGAAUGAACAAAAUGACUCCACCCAUCAAGGACUUGCUCCCGAGAUUAACACCCAUUCUGAAGAACAGGUAAAGUACUCAUCCUUUCUGCUGUAAAAUUGGUCUUACUAAAAUAAUCUUGUAUGAAGAAGCCGGCCUCACUAUCGUUUGGUGCGAAAAACCUCACACAGAGAAGUAUCAGCCAAGUAACUAUAUGUUUCUUAGUAUUUCACAAAACAGGGUUCGGUAUUUUUUCAGUUGAAUUUUUGCAACUUGAGAACUGAUCCUUUGAAGCUUCUUUUUUUCAGGCACGAGAAGGUACAAGAGAACUGUAUUGACCUUGUGGGUAGAAUAGCUGACAGAGGAGCCGAACAUGUUGGGGCUCGUGAAUGGAUGAGAAUUUGCUUUGAGCUGCUGGAGCUGCUGAAGGCGCACAAGAAAGCAAUCAGAAGAGCGACUGUGAACACGUUUGGGUACAUUGCCAAAGCAAUUGGGUAUGUUACACUUGAAUUAUGUUCUUGUACAAUAAUACUGUUCAAAGCGUUUGUUGUUGAUGCAGCGGAAGCUCUUCUAACGGACACUCUCGUAAGCGGACAGCUCUACUUACGACCGCCUUCACAAAACCCCGUUGAAAAAAAAAAAAAAAUUGUAAAUUGUAAUUUGUUUACCCACGGAUCACUAAGGAGUUCAUAAGAACUCGUUGAGACGUGUCCGUGCGUUCCAGAUCGAAUUGGAAUUUGGAAGUGUUGGUUUUUAAGGAGAAGGGAAAACCGGAGUACCCGGAGAAAAACCUCUCGGAGCAAAGGAGAGAACCAACAACAAACUCAACCCACAUAUGGCGUCGACGCCAGGAUUCGAACCCGGGCCACAUUGGUGGGAGGCGAGUGCUCUCACCACUGCGCCACCCUUGCUCCCCUUAACUCCGUAGUUUUACGUUCCGGUAAGCGUCAGCUCCAAACGGUAUGGACACGUUUUUCGCGUUCCGACGGUGUCCUCUUACGAGAGCUUCCACUGUAUUUUAGUCUUUUACCAGUGGGCAAAAGCCCAAAUUGAUAAUCUUCCGUCUACUUGAACUACGAAGCAAGUCAUAGGGAACCAUUUGUUCGUAUCAUAUUAUGCCGGGUUGACUUGCUUAGCAGAAAAUGAGACACCAACAAUGGAUAAACAGUCUGCACAUGCUAUAAAGCAAAAGAGCUAAUUUAAAGAGUUUUUUCGCUGGACUUAUCCACAUACAAAUUCUCUACGCUGGUCUCUAUACAUUUUCAUGAAGAAUAAGUUGAGAGAAUUUGAUAAAAGAUCAAGCAUUUUGUCUUACGUGAUUAUUUAAUUAAUUCCCGCAACCUUUUCUCUUGAAUGUGUCUUGAUAUUGUUUAUCACUCUUGCGAUUUGAAGAAUUAAUUCAAUACAACUUGUUGUAAUACGACCACCUAAUGGCAUAUCAAUGUUUGUACUGUUAAGUCCCCAGGAUGUGCUUGCGACUCUACUCAACAAUCUAAAAGUACAAGAGCGUCAAAACAGAGUGUGUACCACUGUUGCCAUAGCCAUUGUUGCAGAGACUUGUUCACCCUUCACCGUGCUACCUGCUCUGAUGAAUGAGUAUCGUGUGCCAGAGUUGAAUGUACAGAACGGUGUGCUGAAGUCCCUGUCUUUCUUGUUCGAGUACAUUGGAGAAAUGGGUAAAGAUUACAUCUAUGCUGUUACGCCUUUGUUGGAGGACGCACUUAUGGACAGGUAUGAGUUUUGUAAUCGCGUGAGUGACCGAUGAGGCCCGUUGCGUUACUUUCUUCAGCCAAGACCGAUGUUAUAAAUAGGUAAAGACACAGAAGCAUAUAACCCUGGUAAAGAUUCCAUCUAUGCUGUCACGCCUUUGAUGAAGGGCGUUCUUAUGGACAGGCUAAUAAGGGUUGUUGUGUCACGUACUCGCUUUAUCCGAGACUGAUGUUAGUUAUACAGAAAGGAGUGCGAUGUCUUGCGCACAUCUUAGCCUCCUGAGCAUGCGUUUCUGAUCUAAUUUUUGCCCCAUAGAUUUUUAGCGAGAGCAAAAUUUUUUUUCUUGUGUCCCAACUUUCUCGACGAACUCGCGCGGAAACGCUUGUUACGCAGGCUAUGCGGAUCCAAAAACAAAAUACAGUGGAACGUCGAUGUAACGAACGGAAGGGCCGUGGGACUGGCAGGAUAUGUUCGCUACAACGAGGUUUCGUUAUAUCGAGGUUCUUUUCCACAUUUUUUAGCAUUACUGGAUCGUUGAUUAUCGUUCGUCUCACCAAGGACCUCGUUAUUUAGAGGUUCGUUAUGACAGAACGGCAAGUCUUGUCCAGUCCUUUCCGCGCGCUUUUGCGCUCUCAUUUGACGCUACGACAUCGUCUUCUCUUAAUCUACACAAUACUACCAACUUGAAAGUGUUUCAAUUUGACUAAGUACAGGCAAACCCCGCUAAUACGGGCACUGAGGGGGCCAUAGAAAGUGUCCGUAUUAACAGGGUGUUCGUAUUAAGCGGGUUGAAUUUAGAGAAAAGGUAAUUGCCUUCUUUCUCCAGGGACAAAGAAAACUGUCCGUAGUAAAGAAGUGUCCUUAUAAAGCGGUUGUCCUUUAAGCUGGGUUUGACUGUAGCAAUUAAUAAUUUGUAUGACUGAGACAUUUUGACUACGAUUUGCUAACCAAGCGUGUACGUUGUUAUCUCCUGCAGGGAUUUAGUUCAUCGACAGACCGCCUGUGCAGCUAUAAAACACAUGGCCCUGGGUGUGUCAGGCUUCGGCUGUGAAGAUGCACUCACUCACCUCAUCAACUAUGUGUGGCCCAACAUCUUUGAAACGUCGCCUCAUGUUAUCAACGCUGUUAUGGAGUCUAUUGAAGGCAUGAGAGUAGCAUUAGGACCAUCCAGAGUUCUCCACUACUGUUUACAGGUUAGUUAUUGGAGACUUUCACCAUCAGGAUUUUCACGGUUAACGGCAAACCUGAGUAUUCAGUUCAACACGAACUGUCUGUACUGAAAUCAGUGUUUUUUUUUUUUACGAUUUUAGGGAAUGUUUCACCCGGCGCGAAAAGUUCGAGAUGUCUACUGGAAGAUCUACAACAGCUUAUACAUUGGAUCUCAGGUAAAACUCCUAAAGAGUUUAACAAUGCUCCCAAAUAUUGUGAUUUUACAGCUGAAUUCAAUAUUUUACACUCUUCCUUUAGAGUUCACAUCAUUGGAAAACGUAUUUACACUUAUCGUUUAGCUUUUGAACUCAACUUUUUUAUUUGACCUUGUUCGCUGUACAUUUUCAACUCGACAAAAAAUUUUUUUACAGUGCUAGUUUUUAUUACGUACGCCAUACUUGCUCGCAGGCUAUCCCCGCCGCUAUGGACGUUUUAGCUGUGUAGUUACAAUUCUUUUAUUAACCAUCAUUUUAUUUUUGGUCUUGUAGGAUUCGCUUGUAGCAGCAUACCCGACUGCACCCAGUGAUGAGAAGAACAACUUCGCUCGAGCAGAACUCUCGUAUUUCUUGUGAUCUCUUUUCUUGGCUUGUCAAUAUUCUGUUCAGUAAUUUAUUCUUUGUAACCAGUGGCGAAAACGUGGUAUUUUGUAAAUAGAAAGACAAAAACUGUUUAAGUAACUGAUAUAGUUUUACAACACUCAGGUUUGUGGCUUCGAAGUUAACGCUUCUCCCAAUGGCUCUUCGGAAUUAGCUGCUCAGUUAGUAACAGUUGCUGACAAGUUAUUUUUCAAUCAGUCGGCUCGUAGACAUAAUAAUUCAAACUCUAUUUAAUUUUUUCAUGCAUCCACCAUUUGUAAU